AGCCAACUUCCCUUCUUUUCGGUCCGUUCGGUCUUGAUGCCGUUAACUCGAUUUUACCUUGCGAUUCGAUUUCUGUUCGCUUCGCGAUUCAGUGCCAAUCCGAGCCGGGGAUACGCUCGCACGCGUUUGUCUCGAUCCGCUGUACGCACUUGCAAUUCCUUGCUUUUCCUCGUGUCGCGAUUUCCCGACACUUACCGCUCUAUCGGAUGAGGAACGAAAAAUUACUUUCGAAUUUAUACGAACGUAUACGACGUGAAUAAUUACGUACGGUUAGCUUUAUAUCGACGAAAAAUUUUCUUUAUCGCGGGUAAUCGGCGUUGAGAAGUAUCGCGAUAACGUUGAUAUAAUGGCGAUAUAAUCAGACUGUGCGGUAGAGAGUUUUAAAAGAAGGCACAAGGAAGAAAAUCAAGGAGUUCUCACAUGUGGUAAAAGCUGCCAGAAAGCUGAUAUUCUUGAGAGAAAAGUUCCGAUGAAUCGCGCGGUUGUAGCGCAUUGUUACCGUUAUCGUGAACGAAAAGAUACCGAUGAUCACAGAUUGGCUGGACACAUGGUUCGGCCGGCCAAAAAAGUCCGGGCGUGGAGGUGGGGUCAGAAGUGGUUCGGGAAACAACACAAUACCACGACCCCAUUCCGGCGAUGAUUUCAAUGAAAUCGAGCAGCAACGUUGUAUCAUCGAAAGAAUGGACAACGAGACGGUGAACGACAAGUUCGAGGAGAUGCUGGCCAACAUGAAUCUGACCGAGGAGAAGAAAGAACCGUUGCGACAGCAGUCCGAAACAAAGAAGAGAGAGAUGCUGGUUUUGCAUUACAAAGGCAGUAUACAGGAGAAUAGGUCGAAAUUCGAUAAACCGGCGGAUUACAUACAGUAUUUGGCUCAGCCUGAUCUGAGCGUCAACAAAAUCUACAACUGCAUCGAAUCGUUGAGGAUAGCAUUGACGAACAAUCCUUUGAGUUGGGUUCAAGAAUUCGGUACCAAGGGACUGAAACAGGUUUUAGCAACGCUCAACGAGUGUUAUCGCAAUGCCUUCAUAUAUUACGAUAGUGACAACCGGUACGAGCGAAUACAGUACGAAUGCAUCCGAUGUUUGAAGGCUAUUAUGAACAACACCGUUGGCAUAAAGGAAAUGUUGGCUCAUCACGAAGCACUCACGAUCGUGGCUAGAUCGUUAGAGCCGACCAAACCAUCCGUUAUGUCCGAAACUGUGAAACUGCUCGGCGCAGUUUGCCUUAUUUCAAGCGACAGCCACAAGAAAGUUUUGGACGCGAUCACCAUGAACGGGGAAUUCAAGGGAAGAGAAAGAUUUUUACCGAUUGUACAGGGUCUUAUGAACAAAAAGAACGAGAACUUAAGGGUGGAGUGCCUUCAACUCAUCAAUUCCAUCAUUUCUUCGGCCGAAGAAUUAGACUUCAGAUUGCAUUUACGAAAUGAAAUCAUGCGGGUGGGCUUGGCGGAUAUUUUAGAAACAUUGGAGAAAAACGAAUCCGAAGACCUGGCUAGACAUCUGAAAAUUUUCAACGAGCACAAAGAGGAAGAUUACGAGGAGUUUGUUCAACGAUUCGAUCAUGUCCGAUUGGAAUUGGACGAUGUGAACGACUGUUUCGAAGUAAUUAAAAAUAUGGUGAUGGAAACGUCCGCGGAACCAUAUUUUCUAUCCAUACUUCAGCAUCUUCUGUUCGUUAGGGAUGACGCUCUGGUGAGGCCGGCCUACUAUAAAUUGAUAGAAGAAUGCGUGUCGCAAAUAGUGUUGCACCGUUCAGGCUGUGAUCCGGAUUUUAGCGCGACCAAGCGCUUUCAAAUCGACGUUCAACCCCUGAUCGACACGUUGGUCGAGAAAUCACGAGCGGAAGAAGAAAGGCGAUUGAUCGAACUAUCGCAAAAAUUGGAAGAAGCGAUAUCUAGCAAGCAAGAAGCGGAAGCGAAACUCCAACAUGCGGAGAAUAAAAUUAAGGAGCUGGAACAAGGAGGGUCGAGACCAGCCGGUAGUAAUGGGAAGAUAAAGUGCGCAUCGGAAAUGAAUCCUCCACCACCUCCGCCACUGCUGCUUCCAAAUAGGAGCGGACCAGAAGCGGGAAUGCCACCGCCGCCACCACCACCACCACUACCAGGUUUUGCUGGACCACGUCCGCCCCCGCCGCCUCUUAUGCCUGGAUUUGCGGGACCUCCACCACCGCCCAUGCCUGGCAUGCAAUCAGGACCAGCACCUCCACCGAUGCCAGGAGCAGGUCCAGCACCACCACCGAUGAUGCCUGGAUUCAAUCUGGGCAUGAACGCGGCAUUGCAAUCGCUUCCUUUAGGACUGAAACCGAAGAAAAAGUGGGAAGUCGAUGCACCGUUAAAAAGAGCGAACUGGAAACCGAUCUUACCAAACAAACUUACCGAAAAAUCGUUUUGGAUAAAAGUGCAAGAAGACAAGUUGGCCAGUCCUGACAUAUUGAACGGCUUGGCUCAAAAGUUCGCAUCGAAACCAAGCGGGAAGAAAAUCGACGAUGUCGUGGACAAGUCAGCUCCAUCGAAGAAAGUGAAGGACUUGAAAGUUUUGGAUGGCAAAGCUGCGCAGAAUAUCCUUAUACUUCUUAAUGGUACUUUAAAGCACAUGCCGUAUGAAGAAGUCAAGUCUUGUCUACUCAAAUGCGAAGGUCCCGUCAUCUCGGACAAUAUACUUCAAGGAUUGAUACAGUAUUUACCACCACCAGAUCAACUGUUGAAACUACAACUUUACAAAGAUCAGUACGACGAUUUGACAGAAGCCGAACAAUUUUGUAUUACUAUAUCGACGAUCAAGCGAUUAUUGCCGAGAUUGAGGUCGUUGAGUUUCAUGCUACGAUACGAAGAACUGGUGCAAGACGUAAAGCCAGACAUAGUAGCGGGUACAGCAGCUUGCGAAGAAGUAAAAGGUAGCAAAAAGUUUGCCAAGAUUCUCGAAUUGAUUCUGUUACUUGGCAACUACAUGAACUCUGGCUCAAAGAAUGGUCAAGCUUUUGGCUUUGAGAUUAGCUUUCUUACCAAGUUAACGAGCACAAAGGAUGUCGAUAACAAACAAACUUUGAUGCACUAUUUAGUUUGUACGAUAGAGCAAAAAUUCCCGGAAUGUCUUAGCUUUUCGGAAGAACUGGCACACGUGGACAGAGCUAGUCGUGUUUCAUUAGAAAAUGUACAAAGGACGUUGCGACAAAUGGACUCCAACAUUCGAAAUCUCGAACAAGAUUUAUCGAAUGCCAAAGUUCCACAAUCGGACAACGAUUUGUUCUUGCAUGUUAUGGGUCCGUUUGCGAAGAAAGCUCGAGAAUCUUACGAAGUUCUUCAGAAUAUGUUUAAAAAUAUGGACAGCUUGUACUCAGAAAUAUCGGAAUUCUUUUCUUUCGACAAACAAAAGUACACAAUUGAGGAGUUCUUCAGCGACAUAAAAACGUUUAAAGACGAUUUCACGCACGCGCAGAAAGAAAUAAUAAAGCUGCGGGAGGGAGAGGAGAAGCAGAGACGAGCGAGGGAAGCGCGAGAAAAAGCGGAAGCGGAGAAAGCAGCUCGGGCUGCGCGAAAACGGGCGCUUGUCGAUAUGAACGCUCACGAAACGCAAGAAGGUGUUAUGGACAGUUUAAUGGAGGCUCUCCAAACUGGUUCCGCGUUCAGUCGACCGGAUCAACGACGUAAACGUCAAACACGUGCCGCUGGUGCAGAGAGAAGAGCUCAACUUAAUAGAAGUCGAUCGCGUACAGGAUUAGUCGGGACUGGUUUACUGGGGAGGGAACUUUCAACAGAACUAUUAAGCUCGGCAUAAUCCAUGGAAUAUCCUGUUUCCGUCCUAAACUCGAAACUGUGAUGGAUCGAUCGUUUUGUUUGAUCAAUAAACAAAAAGAACGGUGUAAGGUAUUGGUUGUGAAGGAAGAACGACGAUUACGAUAUUUUUGCGAGUUUACGAUUAAUUUAGCAAAGUCUUCCUAUUGCUGACUCGAGUGAUUGUUUCGUAGGUAGAAUUAUGUGCAACGCCACGACGAACGAACGAACGAACACGUGUGAAAAAAGUAGCUUUUAUAUAACGAAUUUUCUACUAAAUCUUUUCAUAUCUCGAACGAUCUAUUUUAAUAAGUUUCUUUGCUACGAAGCUCGUGUUUUUUACAAUUGCGAAAUCAUCGUUUUUUGAUUGGUGAAUCAUCAUGUCCAAAGACAGCUUAAUCUCUUCGGUUGCACGGUGAUCGAUCAGCUCUCUGCUGUUCAAUCACGGGAACACUCGGUAAUCGAAUCUUUGUUGACUCGUUGGGAAACCUUUGAAAACCGUGCCAAAUCGAUGAGACGCCGGAGGAAACUGAAAAGGAGGAAUCGUGCGAUGUUGCGCAAUUUUGCGCAACAAAAAAGAAAAAAAAAAACGCGGAGGAGGGAAUUCAACAUUCUGUAAAGAAAAAAAUACUUCAACAUCGUUAAUUGUAACGGACGACCAAUUUAUUUUUCGAAUCUCAAGUUCGACGACUGUUUAUAUUGUAUGUACCCAACUGUCUGUUCCCAAAAGCAAAUUUGUAUCUAUAUUGUGAAUAUGUGAAUUUAGAUAAUACCAAUACAUUGCGAUCAAUACAAUCGAA